AUGCCGCCCCUCUUCGGCCUGGCGAGGCGACAUCGCCUCGUCGUCGCGGCCAUCCUAAUCGUCACCGCCAUUUUCGUGUUCACGCGCUCAGAACAGCCCGAUGUUGCUCAAUCCUCGUACCACCGCACUCCAGGUGUCGGUAUGAAUGACUGGGAUGACGCGCCUCUAGAAGAAGACAUUGUCCUUCCCCCAUCUAAAAUCGGCCUCAAGGGCUGGUUCCAGUUCAGCGGCCUCAAGUCGAGCGGCCGCACCGUCCUCAUCACCGGUGGCGCCGGCAUGCUCGCACACGCUCUCGCUCCCCGCCUCAUUGACGAAGGAUUCAUCGUCCACGCCCUCGAUAUCGUUUCCAAACCACCAACGCUUCCAGCCGGCGUCGUGUACCACCGAGGUAACGUGGCAACAUCGUUCCGGUCCGUGCUCCAGUCGACACCCUUUGACGGUGUCGUACACUUUGCCGCUGUGUCUUUGGAUCAGUGGUGCGCGCCAAAACAGGACGAGUGCACCCACGUCAAUGUCGAUGGCACCAAAGCUGUCAUGAAAGCAAUCGAGGACCAGUUUACCGACAGUCGCAAGUCUGGCAAGGGCCUGUUUGGGACGAGGUCUGGAACAAAGGUCCCAUGGAUCCUCUUUGGGUCGAGCAUGGACGUGUUCGGGCCUAACGCCAAGGAUACCGUCACCGAGGACUCUCCGCAGGAGGCCGAGAGUGCGAUCGGACACACCAAGGCGACCGCCGAGGCCGUGGUGCGCGAUGGUUUCGAGCGCGCGCGCCAGACUGUCCUCCGCGACAGCCCGAACAAGCCCAAUGGAAUUCCUUCCUCGCACAAGGGCAAUUCGCUGCUGCACGCCGCCGUUGUCCGCUUCGCUGACGUCUACGGGUACCGGCGUUCAAGCUCGAUCCCGUCUGCCUUCUUCCCUCGCCUUCUCCAGAACGCGGUGACGUCGCUCCCUAUCCAGUACUCAUCAGACCGGCCACCAAUGGACCUCCUCCACGUCGAGGAUGCUGUUGACGGUGUUCUCCGUGUCAUCCAGCUCUGCGACGGUAUCGCGCGACUCGGCAAGGACGCCCAGCCGUCCCUCCUCACAGUCAACCUCGUGCACGGCGGCAAGCGGUGGGCCGAGCAGGAGAUUGUUGACAUUGUCCGCUCCGAGACUCAAUCGUUCUCGCCUGUCCGUGACAUUGGUGAUCACAAGGUCAAUGUCCGUGGCGCAGCCGAGUACUCGAACAAGGCGGCCCAGGAGACUCUGGGCUGGAAACCCACAAUCUCCCUUCCCGUCGGCCUCGCCAAGUCAGUCAUGCACCUCGCCCAGGAUGCCGCCGAUUACUCCCGGCGCUUCCUCAUCGACCACUGUCCGAGGGACCCCAUUGCCAAGGAGCUCGGCGUCGACGGGCCCAUUCGAAUGGAGCGAGAGGACUUGCGCAACACCGAGCUGUGGAAGCUCAACAAGUGCACAGUCAACAUGGCGUUUGACAACGGCAACGGUUUCCUGCAUCACAUGAAGUGCGAGGACGGGAAACACUGCAAAGCCAACGGCGUCAAGGUGCCUUCGUACAACUGGAACGCGACCGUGUGGAUCAUCGAAGAGGUUGCCGCUGAGACGCACACCGGAGAUGGCAAAAUCACUGCGCGACUGUGGCAGGAGAAUGGUAUGGGCUACUUGGGCAUCCCUGAGAAGGAGCUCGAGAUGGGCGAGAUCCACUUUGAGAUGUACAAAAAGGGGGAUAAGACGCCGCACCACGACGUGUUCGAGAUCGCCGUCGCCCACGACUCGUCGUUCCUCUCCAUGUUGAUCCCGAAGCAACACAAGCAGGUGUGGGUUAAGCCGACUGACGACGACGACCAGAGCGCGUUCGAGCUCAUCCCGACCAUGAGCCCGCCUCGUCACAAUAUGCGCCUAUCGGUGUUGUGUUGCCCGUCCGAAGGGGACUGGCCACUGCUGCUCGACGACCACGAGUCUGCCGACUCACGCUUCGGGUUCACGAACCAGAUCCCUUCCAACUCUUCGCGCCGCUCGCACCUCUGCGAGCGCGCACACGACGCCCACGUCUACUACACUGACAUGGCAGAGAAGUCCAAGAAGGCAACCAAGGCCACCAGCGCGACCGUGCCUAACGGCAACGCGCCGGCACUCGGGGCGCACCCUGACGAUUGGGCGCUCAAGAGGCUGCCAGCAUGCUGGAACGACUGUGCGGCCCCCACCGUCUGUAUGCAGACCGGCAAGUGUCGAUGUGUACAGGCCGAUUCGUGCCCGCGCCGUCGCGAAAACCCGCUGACGGCGAUUGCGCGCGGGCCGCGCAUGCCGAUCAUGCCCAACAGCUCCCCGCUCGGCAAGUUCAAGGGCUACGGCUCGGUCCUGCAGGACAUGGUGCCCAAAGUAGACUGGCGUGAUCUGCUUUACCCCGAGGCUCGCGCGUACCUUGCUGCCCACCCCGAAUUUAUCAAGGUCCACGUUGUGAGCGGGUACCCGGGUGAGCAGGAGAUUGAGAGCGCCGACUGCCACAACCUCCAGCCCAGCCACUGUUUCUCGGCCGACUCGAUCAUGUACAAGGCCAUGCGGCGUCUGAGUGUCCCCGCUGAGCAGGCCGACCUCAUCGUAUUGCCAGUGUAUCAGCACUGCACGGGCGCCGACUUUAUUCUGCACGAUGUGUGGAACCACGCCGCAAACACCAUCAAGGGCAUCAAUGACUACAGUAAGGCCACGAGCCUGGUUAUGACGCACGACUGGGGAAUCUGCCUUGCCUUUGACUGGGAGAUCUGGAGCUCUCGCCCUCACACCCACAGGUACCCCGACCCGCUACUGCGCAACACGAUCGUCUUCAGCGUGAUGGGAGACUGGGACUCGAACUGCUACCGCCCAGCGCAGGACGUGGUCGUGCCGGCCCGCACGUGUCUGAGCAAGAAGCUCGUCGACACCUUCCCGAACGUCGAGCACAUUAUGCCUGCCCGCGAGCGGCCGCGUUUGAUCUCGUGGUCCGGCACGUUCUGGGGCACAGGCAAGAACGAGCGUCUCCGUCUGACGUGUAACCGCGGCGGAGUGGUGAACGAGGAGCUCCUUCCAGGUCAGGGGCCGCAGUCCAAAUUCCCCCGCGCGUGGGACGACUACAUGGUGGAGCUGAACACGGCGCGCUUCUGCCCGCAGCCGCGUGGAGUAGCUGGUUGGUCGCCACGUGUCAACGACGCACUGUACGCAGGCUGCAUCCCAGUCCUCAUUGCUGAGGCGUCGCACUACCCGUUCGCGAGCAUGAUCGACUGGAGCCAGAUUAGCGUGAGGAUCCACCCAACUGAGCUGGACCAGGUCGAGCGUAUUCUGAACGAAAUCCCGCUCGAGCGCAUCGAACAACUCCAGGCCAACAUUGUGGCAAUCCGCGAUGCGUUCCUGUACGCCACCGAUGAGGCGCCCGAGGCCGAGCUAGACCACCGGGGUCCCAUGUUUUUUGCGCUGCACGAGGCGGGCAUGCGCCUGCGCACACAGUAUGCGCGCACUUAG